AUGAGGCAUCCCAGGGAUGGCGAGGGUUGGAAGUCAUUUGACAGGAGAUACACUGACUUCUCUGGCGAUCCGCGCAAUGUUCGCCUAGCCUUGGCCAGUGAUGGCUUUAACCCUUAUGGAAACCUCAGUUCAAAGUACUCAAUAUGGCCAGUGAUUCUUAUUCCGUACAACCUACCCCCAUGGAUUUGCAUGAAACAAACCAACUUCAUUCUCUCUAUGAUAAUUCCCGGUCCUAAAAUGCCUGGUAAUGACAUAGAUGUCUACCUACAGCCCCUGAUCGACGAGCUCAAGCUGCUGUGGGCUGGUGUCGAUACGUAUGACGCCAGUGAGAAGAAAACAUUCAAGAUGCGAGCUGCACUGAUGUGGACUAUCAGUGAUUUCCCUGGCUUGGGCAAUUUAUCUGGCUGGAAUACUUACGGCGGGAGAGCUUGCCCCACGUGCAAUUUGGAUGCCGAGACUAGGCGACUCACCUUCAGUCAGAAAUGGUGUUAUAUGGGUCAUCGUCGCUUUUUGAAUCGCGAUCACAGAUAUAGACAGGAUCGGAGUAGAUUUGAUGGCAAGGUAGAGGAUAGAUCCCCACCUACCAAAUUGACUGGUAGGGAUGUCCUGAGACAAUUGGAGGGUGUUCCCGUCUCACAAGGCAAGGUGCAAGCGAUGGGCGGUAAAAGAAGGCGCGGACAGCAGACCGUGGUCCAAGACGAGUCUCCUUGGAAAAAGAGGAGUGUAUUCUUUGAUCUGCCGUACUGGGAGAAUAACGAAUUACGUCACAAUCUUGACGUGAUGCACAUAGAGAAGAAUGUAUGCGACAACAUUGUUUUCACCAUGUUGAACGAAAGUGGUAAGUCCAAAGACCACCUAAAAGCUCGAAAAGAUCUCCAAUUGAUGGGCAUCCGGCAGGAUAUGUGGCCAAUUGAAGGUGGAAAGUACCUAGGUCGUCUCAAGCAGUACGUGCGUAACAGGGCACAACCAGAAGGAUCGAUUGCAGAGGGCUACUUAUCCGAGGAGAUUCUCACGUUCUGUCAGAUACUAGAUAAUGUCGAGACUAGGAUUAGAAAUUCUUGGAGUAAGUACAACAGCCUAAGUUCUAAAAUUAUACAGUUAGCCAAUUUGGGUAUUGAUAGAAAUGAACUUGAACAAAUUUUGUCUAUGCACAGUGAGUACAGAGCCUCACAAAGAGAAAACUGCGAGGUCCAAUUUGGAAGCACGGAUCAUUCGAACGAGUUACAGUGGCUCGCCUGCGGUUCCCGUGCUCAGGCCAGUCGCUAUCAGGCUUACAACGUCAAUGGAUUUAAAUUCAGGACCAUGUCGAGGGAGGAAGGGAUGAAAACACAGAAUAGUGGGGUCUAUGUCACUUCGGAUACUAGAAGUUAUGCAAGUAAACGGGAUGCCAAUGUUGCUGUUGGCGGUGUCUCGUAUUACGGGAGAUUAGUAGACAUCAUCGAGCUAAAUUAUAGCGGUCAAUUCACUGUAGUAUUGUUCAAGUGCCUUUGGGCGGACACUACGUUGGGCAGAGGCAUCCGGCAAGACGUUUUGGGCCACACCUGUGUCAAUUUUGCCAAUCCUAUCCACACCGGUGAUCGAGAAGAUGAUGAGCCGUAUAUCUUGGCAUCUGAGGCGCGUCUUGUGUUCUACGUAUAG